AUGAAUUUUGCCAACAGAUGGGUCUUGAGAUUUGCUCUGAAUUUUGUAAGUGAUGAAGAAGUAGUCAGAGAAGUAGGUAGAGAGUUCCAGAGAAAAGGGACAAAAAUUGUGGAGCAUCUCAGUUCCUCUGGCUGUGUAGUUGCAACUGGCACCUGUCCCACACUUGACAGGCACAUUCGUGAUGUACCGUCUCACGGGAACGACUGGCCUUCAAGAAAUCUCAAUAAAGAUGAAAAAAAUGUUGUUGCUGAACUACUCGUAGAUCUAGAAGAUGUACUUCUUCAAUCCUUACACAUUAAGCUGGGUUUAAUGAAAAAUUCUGCCAAAGAUACGGAACUUGUGAAAGAUCCUGCAUUUGAUGAAGUUUUGAAGGGGCAAAAAAAAGAAACUUGGGAAUCUUUCAAGGGAGUGAUUUGUGGAUUUUUAGGCAACAGAAGAGAUGAUAACUACAUCCAAUUGGUAACAGUAUUUUUGCAAAAAUGCCAUCAACUAAGAUGUAACAUGUCCUUGAAGAUUCACUUCCUCCACUCACAUUUAGACUUCUUUUCCCUUUAUGGAGCUGUUAGUGAUAAACAUAGAGAAAGGUCCCACCAAAAUAUUUCCGUAAUGGAAAAAAGAUAUCAGGGUCGUUUGAAGGAAGCUAUGCUUGCAGAUUACUGUUGUUUAUAUGUAGGGAUGCUCCAGAGCUAG